GACUGACAAAACAACAACAUAACCAUCAACAUGGCGACUGUUGUUAAGGUUGUGUGAUGUGUUUUGUCGUAUAACAGUAAAAUUUUGAGAAUUUCUAUAAUGACUCUUAAAAGUAAUUUUUUCAUAAAGUUGAUUCAGUUUAACUCGACAUAUAUUAAUUUUUUAUGAACUUCAUAUUGCUUUAAAAUAUUCGGUCGGGAUGGUGUUUGAAGCUCAGUUUGUGUUGGUCCUACUCUCCAUCUUUGUCCUGCUCUCUGUGAUCGUUGCUCUCUUCGGCUGUGUCUGCGGGUGCCGUAAAACUGUGCCCAAGAAUGAAUUGAUGGGACUUGCCGGCAUGGUCAAACUGACAAAUCCCGACGAGAAUGUCAAUUUCAGCUCUGGCCCACCAUUGGUGGAGCUGAAUGCUGUCGUAAUCCCUGCAACCCCUACCCUUGACCAUCUUGCAUCAGAUCCAAAUAAAAGGCCCAACAAUACAGUAACAUCGGCUACUCGUAGCCUGCCAGACCUGCCUGUUGAGUCUCAGCGCACACGAGGUCGCAGUGCUGAUGUCUUGUGGGAGGCUGCUGAACCCAAUGGUGAUACCAGCUCUGAGUUGUACGCUACAGUGGACGAUAACAAACACGGACGAGGAGGUGGGCCCAACGGCAAGCUGCCCCGAGACUCUACAAUCGAGAGCAGUUAUGACUCUCCUAGCCAGACCGACAACAGCCUGUCUCCUUAUGCUAGGGUCAAACGAGAGCAUCCUUACGAUCAGGUCAAGCAAAGUGACGAACACCCAUACGCACAUGUGAAGGCCAACAACAAAGCUGGGCCUAGCCAUGCUCCAGACCCUGUCCUUCCUCUCAGCGAGUCUUCAUCGUCUUCCAGUUCUGAGGAUGAGGUAGAGAGUCCAGUAGCACCACCUCGCAGCCGCAAGUCUGUCUCUCUAUCCCAGAGUUCUCUUUCAUCUACCGUAGACAUUCCGGCAGCCACUGCCAUUGCUGGGGGUAUCCCAGCCAAUCACGAGCUGCCUUACAUGACUCCACCUCUGCCCAUCAACACCCAGCAACAGCACUUUAGUGGUGACUCUCAGGAUUCUAGCAAGGGAUAUACCAGUAUCAGCGUACGAGAACCGUUAUCUAACAUCCUCGGGCAGGUGACUCGAAGGCAAGAUCUCAUCGAUUCCCACUACGCCACUGUCUCGGACGAUUCAGAUGAGAUGUACGCAGCUAUAGAGGAGCCAAACCAGCCAUUGUACACCAGUGGUAGUGAGACUUACGCUCAGAUUCGGCCAGCAGCAGCUGUGAGCCUGCAGCCCCCCUCCCACCCUCUCCCACCAGCCGGCAACAACCACUCGCGUCAGGAGUCAUGGUCAAGUACAGGCAGCCCCAGCACUAGCCCUAAGCCUGAGAAGCGCCAGGCCAACUCCCCCCUGCCACGACCCCCUGAUGCCCCCACAGUAGACGACAUGUACGCUAAGGUUGUCAAGAAGCAAAGAUCCACAGUUGACUUGGUAGAGAGUGUCCAGAAAACCGAGCUGCCAGGCUAUGAGACUGUCCAGAGGUCUCAGAGUCCUGCCGGUGUGGUUCCUGGGUACGAGACAGUGGCCAGCAACUGUGCCGGCUACGAGACCGUGGCAGGGGAACUGGACAGUCUGGUCCCCGGUUACGAGAGGGUGGCACCCUCGGACUGUGAGCCCAACUACGAGGAGUUAAGACCACAGGACGGCUGUGACGCCACAUACGCCACUGUCGAGAAGAAGCGGAGUAAUUCCAGACUGUCCAACUCGGAGCCGGACUACGCCAGUUUGCUCCGAAAAGACCCGGGACAUGGUGACCCCAACUACGAGACCGUGUGUCGGGACUCGGACCCCAACUACGAGAGUGUGGAGUGCCAGGACCCCCCCUACGAGAGAGUGUCUGUGCCCCUGUGUAAACAAGAGAACGGGGUCGUCCGCAGUGAAGACGUCUACUCACAGGUCAAUAAACACAGAACGGUGAGAUGAGUGACAAAUAGAAGUGUAGUUUCUUAACAGUUGAUUGUUAAAAUAAUAUUGUUGAACAUUUUGUAAUUCUAUUUAAAAAUUAGUGUUAAAAUGUUACUCACAUAUAUAUUUAUAUAUUUUUAAUACUAACUAUAAACUGAGCAGUUUGCCUUUCAUAACUAGAAUCAAUAAAAAGAUUAAUUUAUAAAAGUAAUACUAUAUUAGAUUAAAAGUUAACUUAGCGUUUUAAAAAGAACUUUUAAUAUUGUUUUCCAUGCAAGAGAGUAAAUAUUUAAAUGAAUAUUAUCAUUAGCAAAGAAUGAUGUACUUUUUCUUUUACUUCAUUAGCUGUUUUUACUCAUUAAAUCUAAUGUUUUUUUAUUUAAUACAAGGAUAAUUUUUGCUAUUAUUUGUCUAAUUUUAGAGUUUUUCAAAACUAUUUAAAAUUUUACUGUGUUUUGUUUUGUGUUACUUUAUUAAAUGAUUUUCCUAAAACUAUAUUAAAAAAGGUGUUAGAUUUAUUAAAAUUGAUAAGCUCUUGCUGAACAACUAGUAUUAGGAACUCCAGACUUUAACUGUGCAUAUAAAUGCUCUAUUAAUACAUAGAUGUGCAAACACUCGA